AAAAUAAAUAAGUUAGUGAACGUAUUUCUUGGAAUUCUUAAAGUUGUGACUGAUGAAACUCGACCAGAAAGUCCUUAAAAGGAUCGCUUGGGGGACAUUACGAUCUCGGUCCUUCACAAAGCCCGCUAAUGUGCUGCCAUCGGAGGAACGAAAACCGGUCGAUUAUGGGGCGCUCGAUACACUGCAUCCACUGGCGACAAUACAAAAACCAAACAUUGUUGGCCACUGCGUGCAAAUGCUGUACGGCAUGAGGGACUUUUAUCAUGAUUUAAUCGGUUCCGCUGAAGUGCAAACAGCGCAAGACAAAAUAGACAAAGUACAGCACGAAAUCAGCGUAGUGCUCGAGAAACAUGGCUACGAGAAGCAGGCGCUUCAUCGAAUCAAAAUAAGAAUCGCGAGAUUCAAUGAUACGCAGCACAGCGAUGGUCUGGAUCUGGAUAUGCUUCUAUUGGAAAAGCAACGGCUGAAAGACGUGAUGGAUGAAUUAGGUAGCAAACAUCAUCUGUUGCAGCUCAAUCACGCGCAAGCCGUUACUGUUCUUCGCUCGAAGGAACGCCAACAAAACUACAAUACUAUGGGUGUCAAAUUGGUGGUAUUGUUGAUAUCGGGUGCCAUCGGAGUGUUCUCCGUAAAGGAAUAUAUAUUUCAAAACACCACAGUUAAGAAUCUCUACACCAACCAAGAUUUGCACAUGAAAACGGUGGACGAGGACCUAAAAAGCAUCAAGGAAAAUAUGGAAAAAUCAACAAAGAUGAUAGAAGGUCUCACAACGCGCAAUCUGCAGACGGGUGAAUCCUGGCUCGCGUAUCUCUAUAAACAACCCGAACGGUUCUACCGGUACAUGGUUCCCAAACAAGAACCUGUUGAAUGUCCAGAUGACAAUAAAGUCAUCAAGGUCAAGGUUUCAAGGGACAAGGAAGUCAAGGUUCCGAAGCAGGAAAGUGAAAAGGAACUAACGAACGAAACGUGGAGUGGCUACCUUUGGCGACAACCCACAAGGUUCUAUCGCUAUAUGGUUCCGAAGCAGGAACCUGCCAUGGAACAAUCGAACGAAACGUGGAGUGGCUACCUUUGGCGACAACCCACAAGGUUCUACCGCUAUAUGGUUCCGAAGCAGGAACCUGCCAUGGAACAAUCGAACGAAACGUGGAGUGGCUACCUUUGGCGACAACCCACGAGGCUCUAUCGCUAUAUGGUUCCAAAACAAGACUAGUAACCGCAUGAUGCCUUACAUUACAAUAAACACUGAC